AUGUCCGUCCACUCCAGCAUCAUCGGCGGUCUGCCAUCCUCGAAGCUCUUUAGCUUCCCGCCGCAUAACCCAGCGCCGCCCGUCCCUCCCGCUGCCGUGUCCACCUUCUCCGUCAUGCGGCCGUUCAACAUCCCCGACGGCCUCUUCCUCGGCGCCCUCGACGCCCGCGUGCCCAUCACCAUCGCCGCCCUCUACGCCGUCUCCGUCAAGCUGCUGAACCGCUACAACCGCGCCCACCACAAGCAACCCUGGGGCAUCUCCAAAACCGCCGCCUUCCGCUUCUUCGUCGUCCUCCACAACGUCUUCCUCGCCGUCUACUCGGCGUGGACCUUUUGGGGCAUGCUCUCCGGUAUGCGCCGGAGCAUCGUCAGCCCGCUCGGCCCCGGCGGGCUCGCCGCCACCGCCGACAGUGCCUGUCGCCUACACGGCGCCCCCGGGCUCGGCAACUCGGUCUACUUCAACGAGCACCUCAGCCGCUUCGAGAGCGCCGGCCCGCAUACCCCUGCAGGCGUCAUUGACGCCGCCACCGGACUGCCAAACCCCACCCAGGCCGGCCGCAUCUGGAACGAGGGCCUCGCCUACUACGGCUGGAUCUUCUACCUGAGCAAGUUUUACGAGGUCCUCGACACCUUCAUCAUCCUGGCCAAGGGCAAGCCCAGCUCCACGCUGCAGACCUACCACCACGCCGGCGCCAUGCUGUGCAUGUGGGCUGGCAUGCGGUACAUGUCCGCGCCUAUCUGGGUCUUUGUCCAGUUCAACUCUUUUAUCCACGCUCUCAUGCUAACACAUGCCCAGUACACCUACUACACCGUGACCGCUUUCAACAUCCGUGUCCCCGUCCUCAUCAAGCGCAGCCUGACGAGCAUGCAAAUCACGCAGUUCCUCGUCGGCGCUUCCCUCGCCAUGUGCCACUCCUUUGUCUACUACUUUGCUCCGGCCGCCACCUCCACCUCCACCUCCACUUCCACCUCGGACCCUUCCACCGCCGUCGAGUCGGUCCGCGCCCUGCUCUUUGGCUCCGGCGCCGACGCCCGCCGCAUCAAGACCGUCGUCGACCAGGAGGACGUCUCCUACGUGUCGCAGCCCUGCAUCGUCAGCUCCGGCGAGACCUUUGCCAUCUGGCUCAACGUCGUCUACCUCGCGCCCCUCACCUACCUCUUCGUUAGCUUCUUCAUCACCAGCUACGUCAAGCGCAGCAACGCCGCCAACAAGUUUGCCGGCAAGGGUGCCGCCGCCCGCCGCCUGAGCAACGUUAACGUCGACGUGGCCCUGGCCGAAAAGGCUGGCUGGGAUGCGGCCCGAGGCCUCGAGCGCGAGGUGUACGGGGGCGAGCGCAUGGUGCGCAGCGGCGAUAACAGCCCCACGCGCGAGGAGCCUGCUACCCGCCGCACCACUAGACGCCGAGGUUAA